CGAUUAGACUCUAUGUCAUAAUUCAAGAUGGCGCUGCCCAUGAAGCAACUUGUGUGCCGAUUUCGUAAUAUUUUACCCACUGUUGUACGCUCCUUGAGCACCAAACAAUUAUUCACAAAUCAUUUUCAUUCGAUUAGCAGUAAUAAUCACAUGAAAAUAACCCACUCGACGGUUGUCUUACGUCAUAUUCAUGCUGCAAUUGCUGGUGGACUAAGGCAUGGUGAUUAUGAAUAUGAAGAGCCAAAGUCUCCUGAGGACGUAGUAACCAUCACCUAUGUGACGAGAGAUGAUGAGAGAAUAGAAGUGAAAGGAAAAGUUGGUGACAAUGUCAUGUAUCUAGCUCACAGACAUGCUAUUGAAGUAGAAGGUGCUUGUGAGGCUUCUCUUGCAUGUUGUACCUGUCAUGUUGUCCUACAAGAUUCAUAUUAUGAUAUACUACCAGAAUCAACAGAAGAAGAGGAAGACAUGUUGGACCUUGCCCCUUUUCUGACGUCAACAUCAAGAUUAAGUUGUCAAAUUAUUUUAAGCAAAGAGCUGGACGGCAUGGUGGUGCAGCUCCCGAAAGCGACUAGGAAUUUCUAUGUAGACGGCCACGUACCCCAGCCCCAUUGACCUUCACUGCUCAGAUGACCUUGAGGCUGAUGUGUGGGGUCAUGCAGGGUUCAUGAAAAAGGGUCAGACAUGAUGACUGUUGGAACGAUGACAUUGUGAGUUUCUUGGUUGGAAGAAGAAUCUGUUGGGAACAUGCAUCCUGUUUGUUCUUUUGACAAUACUUGAACAGUGUGGAACCUCAUGUGCAAGGAUGUUUUCCUUUAAUCACGGGUGCCAGUUUUCAGGCAAUAGCCUGAAGUCAGGCCCUGGCGAGUUAUUUUCAGACCACAGUUAAGGCUUUUUUGUGUACAAAAUAGCUAAUUCUAGGUGAUUUUCAGUUCCUCUGAUCAAUUCUAACUGGCAUCCCUGCUUUAAUGAACAAUAUGUAUUCUGUAUCUACAUGUAUAAUACUCAUGGUGGUGUUACACAAGUGGGUUUGAUAUUAUAUUGAUUACUGCAAAAUUUCUACACGUGUCAUUUUAAAGUCAAUCUUAAGUAAUAAUGUAUGAUACCUGUAUUAUUUUCCCAAUGAUAUUCAGUCACACCACUAAAUCAACUCUUAAUGCCAGUCUCAUGUAAGUCUUGUUGGUGUGACCAUGUGACUGAGGUAUAAAUACCUGAUCAAUGUGAAUAAUAAUGUGAUGCAAUAACAUAUAUGGUCAAACAAGUAGUAAAUCUACCCCAUAUGCAGUUUGGAUAAUCUUGGAUUUCCUUCAAAUUGGGGAAAUCCAAUCAAAUGAUUUGCUUCUGGCUAUCUGUGUGCUACUCAAGGGUAAUGGGUACAGUGUAUUUAUAGUCCCAAGAAAAUAAAAAAAAGGAGAAUACAUACACAAUGUUUUUUUUUUUUUUUU